CUGUGUAAUCGAAAGACUCAGCUGAAAAGGAUUCAGGAGCAGAGCAACAAGAGACAAGUACUUUUAAAACAUAAAACAUUGGUAUAGUUAUUUAUUUUGCCUGUUAAUGUCAAAAUAGAUGAAGGGAAACACGGAAUGUACGGUCGCCGAAUUCGGUUAAAAAAUACGUUAGUUUACUGCAGCUUGCUCCUGUAUUUUGUGGAAAAAGAGCGACGGAGUAACGGCUGAACACUUUUAAAUUGUACAGGAAAAGUGUUGUAUUGCGCAUUUAAUGUACGCCGCAUUGACAACUGGAUUCUACCAAUUCUGAGACUUUUGACUUCUUUCUCUCCCAAGUCUUCUGAAGCAGAGAGGACGGAGUUUGUCUCCACUCGUCUGCUGAGAGAAAAAACAUGCCGUCCAACAAGUCAGUGUCUGACGCUGCCAUCACUCAGUUCAUCAACUGCAGAAUACUGAGAGACCACCGGCUACAGAGAGAUGACCUAUGGGUGCGUGAAGGAAAGGUUUUAGAUCCAGAGAAGCUGUUUUUUGAUGAGAAGGGUUAUGCCGACAAGCGUGUGGACUGUGAAGGCAGCAUCAUCGCCCCAGGCUUUAUAGACGUUCAGAUCAAUGGAGGAUACGGCAUUGACUUCUCUCAGGCCUCCGACGACGUCAGCACUGGAGUUUCUUUUGUGGCCAAAAAGAUCCUGCAGCACGGCGUGACGUCCUUCUGUCCCACUCUGGUCACCUCGCCUCCCGCUGUCUACCACAAGGUUCUUCCUCAGAUCAAAGUUAGCGAUGGAGGAGAGCAUGGAGCUGGAGUUCUUGGUUUUCAUCUGGAGGGCCCGUUCAUCAGCGUGGAGAAGAAAGGAGCUCACCCGGAGCAGUUUCUCCGGACCUUCCAGUCCGGAGGGAUCGAGGACCUAAUGGAGACCUACGGUGGCCUGGACAAUAUUGCCAUGGUGACACUGGCUCCCGAGCUGGGCGGCAGCCAAUCAGUGGUGAAGGAGCUCUGCCAGAGGGGCAUCACUGUGUCGUUAGGUCACUCUGUGGCCAACCUGUCCCAGGCUGAGGAGGCUGUUCAUCACGGAGCCUCCUUCAUCACUCACCUCUUUAACGCCAUGCUGCCUUUCCACCAUCGGGACCCCGGUAUAGUGGGUCUCCUGACCAGCGACCAGAUUCCUGCAGGCAGGACAGUCUACUACGGCAUGAUAGCUGACGGGAUCCACACUAACCCUGCGGCCCUACGCAUCGCCCACAGAGCUCACCCUUCAGGUUUGGUGUUGGUGACAGAUGCGAUCACAGCGAUGGGGCUUCCUCCUGGGCGUCACACUCUGGGUCAGCAGGUCAUUGAAAUCCAGGGUCUCCACGCUUACGUUGCAGGCACUAAGACACUCUGCGGCAGCAUUGCCACGAUGGACAUGUGUGUACGCCACUUUAAACAUGCUUCAGGCUGCAGUGUAGAGGAAGCUCUGGAAGCUGCCUCGCUCCAUCCUGCCAAACUUCUGGGUGUCAGCCACAGGAAGGGAACCCUGGACUACGGAUCAGACGCAGACCUUGUUUUGCUCGAUGACGCCCUCAAUGUCGAAGCCACCUUUAUAUCUGGAGAGGAGGUUUGGAGAAAAGGACCAUAGAAGAAGAAAAAGCCUGCAGACAGUAACUGGCCUGACAGCUGGGACCUUUAUGGGACGCUGUUAUACACAGAACCACAAAUCUGUUGAAUGUUUUAGUUCAUCAGAACACACAGAUGCUUUGCAUUUAGAACAUGUCAGGUAAGUUGAAAUAACAAGGCUUCAGAUGUCCUAAAAGGGCCACUGUACAGAGGAUAAACCUUUUUUAGAUAUAGAUACAAACUUUCCCCAAGACCUAAGAAUAGCAAAGUUGUUCACCCAGAAAUAUUGUUUGUACGGAGUGUAAUGUGUGUUACAGCCUCACAAGACUGCUACAGAUUUGUUGGCUGACUUUGCUUUUCUUUUACAAAUAAAAUUUUUCAUUUAAGCAUCUUUAAAUCAACUAUCAGAAAUUUAACUCGGAAUCUAACUCAUAGUACUUUUAUCUGAAUGUAAGUAGAUUUGAGUUGUAUUCUGACAUAUUCAGGGUUUUAUGAAAAAUUAUGAACUUACUGCAAUAGGUUUUCAUGCUUCCAGAUGCUGUACUGUUUGUUUUAUUUUCACUCAGAUGUGAUUUAAAGGGAAACAUUUUGGUAUUAAACUACAUAAAUCAACUUUCACUGAAUGUUACUGUAAUCUUUCAUCUUCUAAGCAGUAACAUUUACUUUUGUUCUUUCAUCUGUUGUUUGGGUGUUCUGUACUAGAGUUUGUGCAUGAUUUACAGUUCAUGUAUACCAUAGAAGUCAUACUGUAUCUAAGUCACUCUCAUGUGGAACUGCUGCUAACAACUGAUAGUCAUCUAAAACAUGACAAGAACCCCCCACUAGUCAUGGCUUUUUGUAAGGGAACCACUGUUUAAAAGCAUUGCUUUUAUUUAUUAUUAUGCAACAGCUUAAUAUGAGUAAUGAGUACAAUAUUUUGCUCUAAAAUUGCAUAUAAUGAAAAGUAACGUACAAGUACCUCAAGGUUGCACGUUACACAGUCAUUCAGUAACUACUCAUUAAUUAACUUCAUUCCUCAUUCAUUCCUCAUUGGUUAAUCAUUAACUACCUAGUUUUUUGUGUACCUUAUUGUAAAGUCUUACCCAGUUUUCCACAAUAUGUUUAUCCCUUGUGUUUUCCUCCCAUCGACCAUGCACUAGUUAAAUUUACCCGGUCUGUUUUGCCAGUUUAUAAAGCAUCAAGUAUAAAUUA